AUGAUAUUAACAUAUUGUAGUAUUGUUAUCCACCAUGACCUAGCACAUUCAGAUUUAGGUUGUGCUUUUGUGAAGUUUAGCUCACAUCAAGAAGCACAGGCAGCAAUUAGUAGCUUGCACGGGAGUCAAACUAUGCCAGUAAGUGAUAAUCUUAUAAGUAAUGAUUCGAUGCCCACAAAUUUCGACGGGCCGCAGAAUAUCACAGUGACAUUUCUGAACCCGACAUCUGUCCGUGUGUCGUGGGCAUCUCUGAGCAAUUCGCCCAGGAAGUAUGAAGUUAUGUACAAACCAACGGGCGCCAGUUACAGAGUGGUGGCGUCGAUCAACAGCAGUUCGGACGCCAUUACGCUCGUGGAUUUGCACCCGGACACCCAGUACUCGCUGACGGUGACCGCGGUCUGGCUCAACAAGAAAAUCAAGAGUCGAGCUAUUGUCUUCCGAACACUAGAACCUCCACGCACAUCGCCGCCCAGGACUCGGAUACGAGGCGUUGAAGUAGGCAUCGUAGUCCUAGUCCUUUUGGUAUGGGUCGGCGCAAUCGCACUCUUCUUCAAUCGCUGGGGCAAGAUCCGAAUGCUGCUGCCGUAUCAGCCGGACUACAAGCAGGAACAACUCAAGGUACCUGGUACCGGGGUCUGCACGGGCGGUUCCGUCGGCGGCCCGUGCACCGGUAACGGACCAUGCACGGGUCAGCACGUCGGGCCUGCACCGCUCGCCGCCUGCGUUCAGGUCAAGAAGCAAUGA